AUGAACGAUCAUUGCAGUUUAAAAGACGAUCCCGAAGACAUCAAAGCGACGGGAAUCAUUCUAAAGCAUCGCAAGGGCAGCUCCGAACCGGAAGUUGUCCUACCAGCAAUCAAGCAAUCAAUCAGCGCACACAAAAUCGGUGAAGAAAGAAGAACCGGCAAAAUUACCGGUCGCGGCGGGUGCGCCAAAUAUUGCGGCAACGCACCUACAUCCGGCAACAUUUCGUUCUCCAGCUUCCGCCAAUCUUUCACCUCCAAUGUCAAUUACUUGAAACGAAGGAAAAAUCAAAUUUCCCGCAGAUUCUCGUCGGGAGAUCUCAGCUCGGAGCUAGAUGACGACGACACCAGCUCCGGGCUGACCUCCGUCAGCCAGCAGGACUCCGUGCAGUCUUAUCAGGGCACCGCCUCAUCCGAGAGGCCCCUGCAGUCCCAACCGACACCCGCGCCACCCCCCAGCCAGCCCCCGAUCCCCGGAGCCCCACCCUCUGGGGCACAGCAGCCGGCAGGAGGCGACUUGAGUCUCAAUCUGCGUCCAGGAUCACGGACCACCAGCGCCCCCUCAUCCCCCGCUAAAACCAGGGAGAGUCUUUUGCAGAGGGUUCAGAGCCUGACUGGAGCUGCUCGGGAUCAGGGUGCUUCGAUCUUGGGGGCCGCAGUUUCCGGGGCAACGCGUGGUCCCUCCUACAACAAAGAUCGCUGCUUCACUCUGCUAGUGGUGGACGACCAGAACACCGAUUGGAGUAAAUACUUCCGAGGACGUCGGCUCCAUGGAGACUACGAGAUCCGGGUCGAGCAAGCCGAGUUCCGGGAGCUUUCGCUCACCGCAAGCGAGGCAGGAACGAUCGUCUCCAUGGCGGUAUUUCGAAAUGGGACAAAAGUGAUUCGAUCCUUCAAACCGGACUUUGUGCUGGUUCGUCAAAAUCUCCGAGACGCUGGCGAAGACUACAAAAACUUGUUACUGGGAUUAAUGUACGGAGGUGUGCCGAGCGUCAACAACUUGACGGCCAUCUACAACUUCCAGGACAAACCGUGGGUCUUCGCGCACCUGCUUGGGCUGCAGCGCCAUUUGGGACGAGACAACUUCCCACUUAUCGAGCAAACCUAUUAUCCCAACCACCGCGAAAUGGUGACUGCAUCGAAAUACCCAGUCGUGGUGAAGCUCGGACACGCGCACGGGGGAGUCGGAAAAGCUCGUGCAGAGACCAGCCAGGAAUUCGCAGAUCUUGCAUCACUCGCAGCCUUGUCAAACGCGUACGCAACAGCUGAGCCGUACAUCGACACGAAGUACGACGUCCACCUGCAGAAGAUCGGGAACAACUACAAGGCCUUUAUGCGCAAAAGCAUCAGCGGUAAUUGGAAGUCCAACACCGGAUCAGCGAUGCUGGAACAGCUGGCAGUCAUCGAUCGAUAUCGAGCGUGGGUGGAUCAAGUUUCUCAGCUAUUCGGAGGCUUGGAUAUUUGUGCUAUCGAGCUGGUUGUUGGCAAGGACGGACGCGAGUUCAUUAUUGAGGUAAACGACAGCGCGUUGUCUCUGAUGGGCGACUCUCAGGAGGAAGACCGACGCCAUAUCGCCGACCUCGUCACUUCGAAGAUGCAGGCUUGCUGUCGAUUGCCGAGCGCACUCACCAAGACCACAUCUCGGGGCUCCGUUUCCAGCUCGAGUCAAGCGACAAGUCCCGUUGACGAACGAUCGACUCCGCUACCGCCUACCAUGGCUUCGCAUGGGAGUAUGAGCUCCAUGACGAGCAUGGGCAGCGUCGGAUCGAUGGGUUCGACAACAGCCCUUGCCGGCGACGUCACAACUUCUGACAGCCAUCAUCAACUUCAGCGUCGUGAUUCUCAAGCAUCGCAGUCGAGCACCGUGAGUAGCGCUCCAUCGGUUGGUCGUCGUCCGGAGGACCCACCACUAUCUCGAGUACCGUUCCACCGUCAGGGUAGUCAAACACAAGUCCAGGGUGAGGACACCGAGGACACGAUGAAAAAUCUACGGAAAACUUUUGCCGGUAUUUUCGGUGAUAUGUAAGCAACGGAGUGAACCGUUUCUCAAGUAAGUACACAAAUUUGUCGAAGCUAUGUGGGGAAAUUUUGUUUCAGAAGAACGACUUGUCCAUUUCUGUGUUAAGGGAACAGUUACGAUACAUCCCUGCACGACCCAGGUGAUUGCUGAAACCGUUAUUCCUUGGGAAAUACGAGGUUGGGACACUAUGAACCGUUGGCGAGUACCACCCAUAAUCCAUCGAUGUGCUCCUGUAGCAGGGGUGAGGAAGGGUGCAGUCGUCCUGGCGGUAGCCUUGGAAUACUCCUGGGAACAUAUAAUGUAAUUGGAUUUAAGUUUCUGGAAUAAAUCAGAGAGGAAAAGUUUUAUCAUGGACCACUUAAGGCAGCCUCUUUUUCAACUUUCGCCCACGUUUCCCACACGUUGGGGGCUAAAACGGUGAUGUUUUCAAACCACGGAAGAGCUGGAGAUAGGAUUCUGGGGACGCGAGGAGCGGAGGCCAACUUGUAAAGUUUCGAGCGUACGACACGCGCGUGACGUGCCGGAUCCUAGCUUUCCGAGUUAGGAAUGCUGUUAGGGCAACUGAUAGUAAAUACGACCUAUUAAUAACCAGUUGAUUCUCCGACAAGCGCGUUAGGCGGCUCUUGGUUUCUGUAGUUAGUCCGUAGCGAGUAGCGGGAGAACAUGUCAACGUUUAAGAGCCAUGUAAUAGUUACUUAACUCCUAACUGAAUUCGAAUGAAAAUACGACUGCAUCAUG